GACUUCGGCUUACUGAGAAGGAAGAUGCGCUGUUGAGCCUUCUUAAUGACAGCCUGAGUGUUGGUAUCCCAGCCUACUUUCCUGUCGAAGAUGUAUUGACAAUUUCCACCUCAUCAUGAAACUAGAUGAAUAAUGCCGACGGAAACUAAAGACAAUCUCUUUGGUCUUAUACAAAGUUCUAAUAAAUUGUCAAGUUCAACUGUAGCUUAAGCAAACACGAACGACCGAAGCAGCAAACUAAUUAGAGCUGUGUAAAUUCUGUGAAAUAGUUUUAUUGUAUGCUUACUCAGCCUUGGCUCGAUGAGGGAGUCUAGGUAUAGUAUAACACGCUCCUGAUGCAGUUCUCUUUAAAAGAUCAGCACCAUCAGAAGUAUAAUCCAGGAGACAGAACCUGUUACUAUAGCAUCGUGAUGUAAGACAUAUAUGCUGCAACUGAGGAAUUUUUUUAAUAAAAAAAAUGAAAAUAUGUGAAGACAAAUCGUUGGUUGUCUGGGUUUUCUGUCAGAUUAUGCUUAGCCAAGUGUUUGCAAACGUUAACGAAACCACCGAGUUUGCAGAGAGUGAAAAUGGAAUGGCGACAUCAGACUUCACCGAUGGCUUCGACAACCCUGAUUUGAACGGUCAUCUAGUGGCAGAGAUGGCGAGGUUGGCUGCUUCCAUACAAAGCCGCCCCAUUGUCUCUCAGAAGGUGGCGCCAAUAGCUCAGGAUGCAGCCGGGGGUAGCACAAUUCACCUUCGUCUCGAGUACUCCGUCCUCUCCCUCUUUGGCACAGAUGAAAUGCUCCAGACCGUCAAGACCGCUAUGUUCCUCAAGUUGUCUUGGCUAAACCCGGCUCUGUCAUGGAACGCCUCGGAACACCUCAACAUCACGUCCUUGGAGUUUCCCUCUAGCGUCGUGUGGGUGCCCAGAGUUUUGCUUCUCAACUCCGUGGAUUUGGUGGAUGCAGUGGAGACGUUCGGCAAAGGCCUGCAUGUUGAUAACAACGGUCUCGUGACAUUGUUUAUGCCGAUGUUCACGGAAACAGUUUGCACUAUGGACCUGACACGUUAUCCUUAUGACCAACAGUCGUGCCACUUCGUCUUUGCUGUCUUCUCCCCCUAUGUCCGCUGGCUUGUGGAGGAGAACAACGACACGCAGCAGAUUCUCAAGCUGAGCGAUCUCAGCACCACCUGGACUUUGGUUAAGGUCAACGCCAAGAUUCAGGAGCUGCACAAAAUUGCCAUUGCCGUCAUCACUUUGCACGUGAAGAGAAAAACGAUUUUCUACACAGUUUGUCUAGUGGUACCGAUGGUUAUUAUCUCCUGCCUUAACACUCUGGUUUUUCUCGUACCACCCGAGUCAGGAGAAAAGAUGUCCUUCUUCGUCUCCAUGUUUGUCUCAACCUCUGUUUAUAUCAGUUUUUUCACAGAUGUCAUGCCACGUGGCCUUGAGAAUGUCCCUAACGUCAUGAAACUGCUCCUCGGGGUUGCUAUUGAGGGCAUGCUCAUCCUUCUGGCCACCAUCUUCAUCCUGAGACGUUUCCACCAAGAAGAGAAGCUGCGCAACUCAAAUUCCUUCUCUUCAAAACCAGUCAACAUGGGGAACAACCGUACUCAUCCAAUCGAGUCUUCCACGAACAACAUUCAAGAUGGUUGUAAGACGGAAGGAAAACAAGAAAUGGAAGAAGACGAGGAUAAGGUGGAGGCUGCUUUUGCCGAAGGUUUGACUGGGACGUUUACCUUUUCCUCCCAACAGCUAGACUAUGCUUGUUUUGUCGUAGCUGUGUGCGUGAACUCAAUUUUCCUGUCUUAUCUUCUUAUCGAUUCUCUCUGGCCAAUAAUAUCUGAAAUUCCUUAACGACUCUGACUUUUCUUGUUCAACUGUUUUAAAGGUGAGACAAGUCACACAGUGGUCUCAUGCUUGGCGCUAAAGCUCAAGCUCGUCCAUUUAAUGUUGUGCGCAUAUAGAAUACGCGUACUUUGCCCAACAUGCUUGUAAUGUUAGAGUUCAAUACACAUUUCUUUUUAGAAGUAGUGUAUAGAAAACAAUGUAAGUUGAAAGGAGAUGUAUCGACGCUAGAAAUCAAUUUUGAAAAAAAAAAUGUUGCAAAAAAAAAAAAGAAAAAGGACGUGGAUGAUCCCUAUUAUCAGGACUGUGUUCAGAAGUCCAUUAGAAAUGUAUCUUUGUUGUCUUGAUGUUCACAAUUUAGGCUAUUGUUCUGUUGGGUUUUCACUUUUGUAAACCUUUGUUUUAAGCACAUAGAUCGUUAAUAUGGCAUACAUUAUACACACUUUUUGGUAAUGGUCACUGCUGGUGAUAACGACAAUUUAAUUCGUGUACUUGGUACAGAUAUCAAAUCAGUCAAUUUAGGUUUCUGUGUUGCUAUUUCAUUAGUAAAAAUAACAGCAAACAAAAUAUUCUGCUCAUUUGUCAGCUGGAUGAAUCAGCACAGUGUGAUCUUUGUAUCGAGAGAUUUGUAAUAAACUAUAGUAUAUAAUCUCUGUUUGUUGUUAUCUUUAAUUAGAAGAAAAUGAGUUUUUGCCAGGUUUUCCACUGGCCAGAUAUGUACUCUUCACAAUGCACUAUAUA